UGAUUAAGAUAGUUGAAACAAUUUCCAGUAUGAAGCUGAAGAACGGUAGCGCUGUACCAUUCUUCCAGUACGUCAUGAAUACGUCAAUUCUGGUGCCAACAAAUUUUUGAGAUGAAACGAAAUUCGUUGUUCCAGAUGUUUGUAAGUUUUGUGUCUCUGCUGCUGGCAAUGAUGCCCGCUAUCCAGUCCAGCCGACCCCACAUCGUGUUCAUUCUUGCAGAUGAUGUGGGAUGGAACGACUUCAGUUUUCACGGCUCUGACGAGAUCCUGACGCCAAAUAUUGACGCUCUGGCGUACAGCGGAGUGAUCCUGAAUCACCAUUACUCGCAGCCCAUCUGCACUCCAACCAGAUCCGCGCUUCUCACUGGACGAUAUCCAUCCAACAUUGGGAUGCAGGGCUGGCCACUGAGCGCAGCAGAACCCAGAGCCCUGCCUCCAGGCAAAAUCUUGCCACAGUACCUGAAGGAUCUGGGUUACACGACUCGAAUAGUCGGCAAAUGGCACCUCGGCUACUAUAAGAAGGAGUUGACACCCACAUACCGUGGGUUCGACUCACACCUGGGGUAUUUCAACGGGUUUACAAGCUAUUAUGAUCACAUCACCCAAGAGAGUGCUUCUGGAAUCUUAAUGGAAGGGCUGGACUUCAGGCGGGAUUUGUCUGCCGCCUGGGACUUGUCCGGCCGCUACGCUACCGACAUCUUCACGGGAGAAGCAGAGCGCAUCAUUCAGGAACACAACUCAUCCAAUCCGCUAUUCCUGUAUUUGUCCCACUUGGCAAGUCACGCCGGCAACGCAGGAAAGCUGGUUGAGGCCCCACAGCACACCAUUAACAUGUUCCAUCACAUCACCGAACCAAAUAGGAAGACAUACGCCGCGAUGAUGUGGAAGCUCGAUGAGUCUGUGGGGAGAGUAGUUCGAGCACUUGAGGCCAAAGGGAUGCUGGAGAACUCCAUCAUAGUCUUCAUGUCUGACAACGGAGCGCCAUCUGUAGACGUGGUGGGGUACCAGAACUGGGGAUCAAAUUACCCACUCAGAGGGCUGAAGACCACGCAAUGGGAGGGCGGAGUUAGAACCCCUGCCGUGAUCUGGAGCCCCAUAUUAGAGAGACGUGUGUCCAGUCAGCUGAUACACGUCACGGACUGGUUGCCUACGCUUCUCUCUGCCGCCGGGGGCAGCCUUCAAGGGAUAGUGUUGGACGGAACCGACCAGUGGAGCGCUCUGGUGGGGAAAGAAGCAUCUCCGCGAAGAGAGGCCCUACUUCAGUACGAUGAGGUGAAGCGCACGUAUGGUUUGAGGAGGGACAACUGGAAGCUAACCAAUGGUUCGAACUAUGGUGGUGAAGCAGACGGAUACUACGGCCAUACGGGUAGAGAAUUCUCAAACCCGCCCUACAACGUAACAGCUGUUAUACACAGUCUUGCAGGAGAAGCACUGGCCAGCCUGCUAUCAUCCACAACCCCUGACGAAGAUGAAAUACUGCAACUAAGAGCUGCAGCUACUGUCACAUGUUCUGUGAAAGUCGAUGCAAUUCCUUGCCAUCCUGUGAAAAGCAGCAACCCUUGCCUCUUCGAUCUCGCAACUGAUCCUUGUGAGACCAACAACCUGGCUUCUGUUUAUCCUGAAGUGCUACAUGAGAUGUUGGAUUUGGUGUCGAACUAUGAGGUCACUUUGGUUCCUCAACUAAACAAGCCACCAGAUGUGGAAGGGUCUGAUCCUAGGAACUUCAAUAACACGUGGAGUCCGUGGAUUGUUGCAUAGGUGGCAACAUUUGCAUUGAUAAAACAGAUGAGCUCAACAGACAUCCCACUUGGAACGCUUAGCCUCUUGCAGCAUAAACAGAAAGAAACAGUCCCCAUUCAUGGUCCUUAAUGGCAGUAAACAAACGUCAGUAUCCUUUUUUGUUUGCCAUUCAUUCAAAACAACAGCCAGUUAUAAUUAUAAAAAAGUAAUUGUAUUCAUUAAUUGACAGACUUAGUCAUAAGAAUAGAGAAUACUAGAUGGAACUAGUUGACUCAAUUCAAAAUGUGUCUAAUCUUGACAUUGCAAAUAACAGUAAUUCAUAGCUUUAACUGAAAGACCGAGUCAAUAAGAAGUUAUUGAAUUGAAUUGAAUUUAUUUACAUUCCGUAAAUCCAGUACAGGUGAGACACCAUAGGAUAUGGAACAAGUC